ACCCGGCAACCCCCCCUCCCAAAAAAAUACCCCCUCCCCCUCAGCAACAAGUUGCAAAAACUUUAAUUCCCCCAAUUUUUUGUUUAAAAAAAUCAUGCAUUUAUAAGAGUUUUUUUAUAAAUCCUGAGAAACAAGAAAGAAGAGAAAAACACCCAAGUAUUGGAGUUGGAAAGAGUGCCUGUUUUCAGCUGGGGGUGGGAGAGAGGCUCCGGUACCGGGCCCGGACCCCGCCGACUUGUUGCAGAUCCCAGCGCCUUCCCUCCUCCCUCUCUGUGUCUCUGUGAAUUUUCUCCUGGUUGGACUCCAGGCCUAAGGCUUGGGGAGAUCCGGCGUCGCCAUAGAUUCCAACAACUGGAGCGGCAGCGAGAGUCCUGCCGAAGACCCGGACAGGAUGACCGACUCUGCCGAUAAGCCGAUGGACAACGACGCGGAGGGGGUAUGGAGUCCAGACAUCGAGCAGAGCUUCCAGGAGGCGCUGGCCAUCUACCCUCCCUGCGGCAGGCGGAAGAUCAUCCUGUCCGAUGAGGGCAAAAUGUAUGGUCGCAAUGAGCUGAUAGCCAGGUACAUCAAGUUGAGAACAGGGAAGACUCGGACCAGAAAGCAGGUGUCUAGUCAUAUACAGGUGUUAGCAAGAAAGAAAGUUCGAGAAAUUCAAGCCGUCAUUAAGGUGUCUAGUCACAUUCAGGUUCUUGCCAGAAGGAAAUCCCGGGAGAUUCACUCCAAGCUGAAGGUAACAAACAUGGAUCAAGCUGUGAAGGACAAGGCACUUCAGAGCAUGGCAGCAAUGUCUUCGGCACAGAUCGUGUCAGCCACGACCAUCCAACACAAGUUGGGGCUGCCGGGAAUCCCACGGCCAUCGUUUCAGUCGGCACCUGGGUUCUGGCAUAGCGUAAUACCCACAGGACAGCCAGGAUCUUCGCAGGACGUGAAGCCCUUUGCUCAGCAGGCCUAUGCAUCCCAAUCAGCAGUCACAACUCCAAUUUCAGGUUACGAGUCCUCAGCUGGCCCCACCCCCUCAGUCCCUGCGUGGCAAGGCCGUUCCAUUGGGACAUCGAAACUUAGACUUGUGGAAUUUUCAGCCUUUCUAGAGCAGCAGAGAGACCCGGACUCGUAUAACAAGCACCUCUUUGUACAUAUUGGGCAGACCAACCAUUCCUACAAUGACCCCUUGCUCGAAUCCGUGGACAUUCGCCAAAUCUAUGAUAAGUUCCCAGAGAAGAAAGGUGGCCUUAAAGAACUGUAUGGGAAAGGACCUCAUAAUGCCUUUUUCCUAGUGAAAUUUUGGGCUGAUUUGAACUGCAAUAUUCAAGAUGAUGCAGGAGCUUUCUAUGGCGUGACAAGUCAAUAUGAGAGCUCUGAAAACAUGACAAUCACUUGCUCAACCAAGGUUUGCUCCUUUGGAAAACAAGUAGUGGAAAAGGUAGAGACUGAAUAUGCGAGGUUUGAGAACGGACGUUUUGUGUACAGAAUAAACCGUUCUCCCAUGUGUGAAUAUAUGAUCAAUUUCAUACACAAACUGAAACACUUACCAGAAAAGUACAUGAUGAACAGUGUACUGGAGAAUUUCACUAUUUUAUUGGUUGUAACAAAUAGGGAUACACAGGAGACACUUCUGUGCAUGGCGUGUGUGUUUGAAGUUUCUACCAGUGAACACGGAGCACAGCAUCAUACCUACAGGCUCAUGAAGGAAUAACCGUGGAUAUUUCAUUCCGUCUCUGGAGAAAGGAAAACACAGUUGCAGUUGAAUAUAGACUUAAAACCUCAAAACAUGUGGCAGUGCCUCAAAUCGAUUGAUACACCCAUAACACGUCUGAGUUUCUGAUGUGGGUAGCCUUUUUAUGUGUGUAUGUGUGUGUGUGUGUGUGUGUGGGUGUGUGUGCGUGUAUAUCAAGAGCUGUGAAUUAUGGUACCAUGUAAUAGGUUUUUAUAUUGAAUUUUCUGUGCUUGAAGAUUUUUUUAAAAGACAAAUUACCAGUUUGAGUUACUACAUUGGAAAAAACUGAGACUGUUGUUAUCUAAAUUUUGUUUUAAUAAUUGCGGGAGCAUAGUCUAUUCAGUACAUGCUUUUCUGUGUGGACAGAAAACAUUUAAAAAAAACAAGACAGGAACGUAAUGAUUGUAGACACAAUGCAUUUAACCGUGGAACGACUGCCUUUGUAAAGAUAAUUUAUUUAAAGAGUUUUUUUUCCAAAGAUGGUAUAUUCACAGGUAUAUAUUUAUCAACAUGUGAAUAUGCAGCGGAGGGCAUCAGGAUGAAGUUUAGGACUUUAGGUCAAGAAUUAUCGCAAUGCUGAUGUGAGAAUGUCAGUGAUUUCGUGGUCACCAGGUCUACUUGUUUUCAGAUUUCCUUUUUCUUAUUAAACACACACACUCCUUUUUUUGUAUAUAACAUUGAUCCACAGUUACUUGCAAUAUUAACCGAAUAGUUUUAGGAAUCCUGCUAUGUAAACGGAUUUAGUUUAAUGCAAUCUUGUUUCAGUGCGGAAGAAUGCAGAGCCACACUGCUGUAGAUUAGGACGAAAGGGGAAUUUGGUUAGUUUUGGCCAUUUGAAUUGGUACUGUCCACUGAUGCCAACAAAGGAUGUACAUGCUUUUAGUUAAAAGAAAAUUAAAUUGUAGAGAGGAUUUAUUGUUCUGUAAACUUUUGAUUGCAAGGCAUGAUGGAUGUGUGGCUAACUGGUCACUCAGUACAAGGGAAACUAACUUCCAAAAAAAGUAAGAAUACAAAAAAUAAUAGUUUUGCCAUACUUAAAAUCUCCAGUCCACAUCUCACAGUAAUUAACCCUCUCUAGCCCACAUAGAAAUCUCAGCUGAGUUCCCAGUCUUCAGGCCAUUAGUUGUGUUUAUGCCAGCUGUAUCUUGUCAUCUGGGGGAAGAGGAGCUCGUCUGAUACCAAAAUUAAAAAUUUUGACCAUAUCACAAGAAUUUAUGAUAAGAGUAGUGACUUUUGUAUGUUUCUAUAAGUCUAUUUUGUAAUAGUGUUUGGAAAUUUACUUUUUUUGGGGGGAAAAGAAGUGUAUUUUUUGGCAUUGGACAAAACAUGAGUGUUAACUCAAUACACACAGGUCUGGUCCCAGCAUAGGUUUGUAAUGUCAGUUGUUUGAAGGGACUCAACAACUGUGGUUUGUGCCCUUGAGUGAUGGCGGUGUGUGUUGUAAUGAAAUGACAGACUCUGCCUGCAAAAACUCAGCAGCAUUACUUACAAGUAAGCCGGGGUGGGGGAGCGGGUGGGGUGGGAGAACAUACAGUGCCUCAGUGACCUGACCACCUGACCACUUGGUUCUUUGGGAGAUCCAAAUACUCUCAAAGGGGUCUUGCCUGUUUUUCUGACGUGUGUGGAUGUGUGUGUGUGUGUGUGUGUGUGUGUGUGUGUGUGUGUGUGUGUGUUUCAACUUUGGUACUUGUGUGUGUAAUGGCUGUGGAUUUCUCCCUGUUACUUGGCGGGCACGCUUCACUGUCACGUAACGAAACCAGCUCGUCGUGCGUCACUUCUGUAAUGUAGGUUUGAGUUUGCAUGUUGUCGAACUGAUUCGCAGUGGCACAGUCACUAAGUGUUCAUUUUUGGGGAUUUGAGGAGAAAAUGCCAUGGUUUUAAAGUAUUUGUCUUUACACAUUGAAAUGUGUGGAAAAAAAACACUAUAUUGUGAUCACUGUUCAUUGUAAGAAAUUAUUGAAACCCAAAUAAGAAGUUACUGAGGCUGUGAGUUCUUUGCUAAGCUGGAAGUUAUCAGUAACUUAUUUUCAGAUGUAAUUUUAAUUCUGUGCUGCCAAAGCGUAGAUUUAUCAGUGCCUUAAUAGCGUACUAUAGGAAGUUACAGUUUAACUGUAGAUCUUCCUGUUUUAAUUGGAUAUACUGUGCUUUAAGAACACUCUUUUGUCUCGUGAAUGUUCCUGACAACAUGUAUGUUGCAAACAAUGAAUAUGAACACACUUGAAAAGUAUUUUGAGAAGGUUUUUGUUUUCAGUGAAGUGUGUUUAAAUGUAUUGCCAACCAAACACCCCAGUGAUAAAAGAGUCACUUCCAAUUUGCUCGAAAAGAGGAGCCCGUCUCACAGUUUGGACUAGCCCAAGCACAGACGCAAGAGUAGCCAGCCUUUUCAACACAUGCCUUUAACAACCACUGACCAAAUAACGAUCUUCAUACAUCUCCUGCACUCAAGCAAAGUAAGUGCCUUUGUUUUUCGAUAUUCCAGCCUAGAAAAGAUCUGCUCAGUCAGAUGAAAUGUAAAUUGUAUGCAGAUCAGAAACCAAAUACAAGAAAAAUAAGAGUGAUCACCUUCAAUGCCUUCUACUGAGUAACGUACGCAAAUCGAAAUAGGAUAAAUUCAAAAGGUGGCAUUUUUGUGUAGAAGUAUGUUCAGAUAACCUGAGUCAAAUUCAUAGAUACAACCGAGGUUACACAUUGUACAGCAGAAGCAAAAAAAAGAUAAAAAUUAUUGUAAUUGUUUAUUUUUUUAGCGGAUGUUAUAGUUUGAAUCUUGGUGGAGUUUGACUAUUGUACAAGAAAACGUGAACAGUUGUUGGCUAAUCAGUAACCUUAAUACUGUGUCAGCAUCCAACUUACACGCAUACUGUGCCUGUGCUUUUUAGAUGAAUGAAAACUGGUUAAAUUAUCUUUUCAAGCUAGCCUCCAACUCAAAUUAAACUUUGGGUUUGUCUUAUCGAGAAUGAGCCACAGAGUAAAGAGUCAUUGGACUUGUCUGUUUCCUCCUGCUGAUGCUUCACACAGCCCUCCUCCUCAAACUCUCAGCCCUGCCCUCCUCCUAACAGCAUCUCUUCUUCCCUUCUCCCAGUCUCCCCUUGCAAACCUCACUGAUGGCCUUGCCCAUUCCACCAGUCUCUGUGGGAAAACAUUUCUCUGAAUUUCCUGCUGGACUUCGUAAUAACUUGGUAAUUUUGAAUGCCUUUACUGAGUCCUGACUUAUCUAAUCCAAGUUUCCCUCCAGGUAACCUAAGGAAGGCAUCCCUGGAACUCAUCCCAUCAAAUGUCCAGCAAACUGGAGGUGAAACCUUUGGUCUUCAUUGUUCAACACUGGGACAUUUUAGCCACCUCUCCUUGUGUAAAGGUGGUUGCAACAUCUUUCCACUCCAGCCUUUGACAGGUCCAGAGGUGACGGAUUACAGAUGUCACCUCAAUGCGUAGCUGCCUUUUGUACUAAAAGAUUCUGGUUUCUUUGCAUUCAUGUUAAGUCUACAUCAGCCAAAACCUUGAUAGCUAAGCACAAAUCCCUCUGACCUCCAUAUCUCUCAUGAUUUCCCUUGAAUGCUUCAGCUACUCCCAAUAGUAUUGAGUCCCACAUUCUCACCAACCUCUGGGUAGAGAAGGAUCUCCUCUGCAUCCUUGUUUAUGACCCUUGAGAAGAUCCGUUGUGACAACUGCCAUGUUGGACACACUGCUAAUGCAGUAAGGCAGCUGCCAGAGGUCUUGGUGAAGAGUUUUUAAUAUUGGCCUUAGAAUUGGAAGAGGAGGUUUCCAGUGUUGAAUAAGUGACCUCCUUGGACAUAAUGAUGGCAUUCAACCCCCCACUCCAAAUGUUCUUUUAUUUCUUCCGCACCACGUUCAAGCUGACUAAGGAGCUAGUCUGCUGAUGCAGCCAAAGGCUAUGAUGUAUAUAUUGUCUUCUGACAGGACAAACGUUGCUCAGUUUCUACCCAGGGCAAUUCCACACCAAACUUGGUGUUGUCUCUAACGAUAGAAUGGAUUUCCUUCCCUGUACACCCAAUAUCUGUAGCAAGGAUUGCUGGCUGGCUUCUGCAUGUGUGACUCCCUACCCUUCCCUGUAGGGAGCCUGCCUUGUCUAUUCCAGAUCUUCAAAAGAUGAACAGUCUUUCCUCACCCAGUCCUUGGUGAACUUGAUUUGUUCUUCAGACCGCACAUCCCGGCUCACAUUUGCUGCCUGCAUUUAGGACUCCCUGGGUCCUAUAAAAUCACGCCACCUCCUACUUUAAUUCUGGAGCAAGCAUGUCAGAACUAGGUUCUGAUUAGGCUCUGAGCGACGAGUGCCUUGGACAUGUCUGCCUCAGCUGUGUUAAGCUGAAUCACUAGAAGGGGCUGUGAAGCAGCGGAGGAGGGGAAUCAAAUGAAAAACUGCCCCUUUCCAGAACCAAAGAAAACUUUAUUUCUACCGGGCUGGUUUUUAAAUAGCAGUCAUUGGAAAUGUGAGGUUUUUCAAAAACCUGUUGCCUACUUUCGUGAUCCAUAUUAAGUCCAUUUCACUCUUUGCUGUCUACACUGUGUCCUCUGUAUGUGACACAUCCACCUUACAAAUCCAUCUGUCUGUGGUCCUAUGCCCCUCAUUAUUCUUGGUUCCUUCUCCAUCCCUAUAGCAUCUUCACUUUCCAAGUCUAGCAUCUCAAUCAAGUACAAAUUUAAUUGCUCUGCUAUUAGCGGACGUGCCUUCAGUGCUGAGACCUGAGGGUCUGAAAUUCUCUCCUCAACAAUCUUGUGCCUCCCCACUUUUAGCCUCUCCGUAAAAACCUACCUCCUUGGCCAGAUAACAGGCUGCCCCCCCCCCAUCUCUCCUUAACGUGGUUCAGCAUCACGUCUUCGAUAGUUGUCUGGGGGACAUUUUCCUACAUUGAAAGGCACUUUAUAAAUGAAGGUGGUUGUUGAAAGGUUCACGAGCUUAGAAGCACUGAGGAGCAGUAUAGAUCCCCUUGACUUCAGAUUUGAUAGAUGACUUUGUAGAGUAUUUCCCCCCACUGGUAAUCUUUCUAGUGAGAAAAUUGGAAGUUUGUUGGUUGACUUGUUCAAUUUAACCCUGCCUCCCUUAGGCAGCCCAUGAUUUGUAAAGUUCUGUUUAAAAACAUAAAUUCAUUUUGGAGGUCCAAAGUCCUUUAAAAGUUCCGUUGUUCAGAUACCAAGUAAAAUAUUUCAGAUAUGAAAAGGGCACUUUCUAAACAUGUCCAGUGGAGUUUAAACCCAGUGUACACAUGGACAUCCCACACAUGCAUACAUAGGCACACGUUUGGACACACAGCUUUAAUUGAAGGUUAAAGUGGAUAGAUUAUCUGUGUAUCUAACCUGCUACCAUGGGGCUGUUUUGACCCAUUGGCAGGUGUUUGGAAUUGUUAAACGUAAUUCUCAAAAAGCGAAUAUACAGGUUUGAUUAUUGUGCCAGAAGGCGCAGAUCCUGCUUGUGGGAGAUUUGCUUCGGUGACCCUGUACCAUUGUAACACACAGUAUACUGUUGCUUUAGUUUGCUGUGGAGCACUCUUGGAUUAAACGAGAAUACCCCAUAAUCUCCUUCUUGGCAAAUGGUUUUGUUGCGACCUGUGUAUCGCUGUGGCCUGUGAGGUGCUCAUGUGCAGAUCACCCAGGGGAGUACAUUAUGUGCCUGAAUUAAGGAGUUCAGAAUCCUUUAGACCUAAGUAGCCUUUCAUUUUUUUUCCUCUGUGAGUUCCUACUGUGUAAACGAAUGUUUAUUUUUGUGUGUGUCAGCUUGCAUUUAUUAAAUAACUCAUUGAAUUUAACGUGCUUAUUUUCUGUGUUGUAAUGUGUAUGAAAUGGAAUUGUGGCUUUAAUUGAUUUAAACUAUGGUCAGUGGUUUCUUCUGAUAUCACCUACAGCUGGCAAAUUUGAUAGAAACCUCUUUUUUAUUUGCUCUGUCUCACACUCCCUGAAAAAGUGAACUUGCCAUGGUUACUGUCGAAACUUUAUGAUAUUCAGUGAAUCAGUGUUUCGAUGUUAGAUUACCAGGUGAAUUUCACGUUUCAGUUUUAUGGGAGUUUGUUAUGUGCAAGUUCCCCUGCCAUGUUAUAUCAGAACCGUGAUAACUUCUUCAUUGGCUAUAAACUACCUUGGAAUGAACUGAAAGGGAUGUGAUGGAAUCUGUUAACCCUGUCACCCUUACUGGGGCAUAGGCCGCCGACGGCCGCUUACCAGAGUCCUCUGUCCUGGGCCAGUCUUCUGAGGUGUAGCCCAUCUUCGAAGAUCCUCCUUCUCCCAGGGAUGAAGUCUUUGGAGCUUCUGUAACUCUGGGAUGGGAUUGCUGGCCCCAUGGCCAACCCUCCUCCUUUUGCAGUGGGGCUUGGAACCACCCGUGGCAGAGUUGCAUCCCACCUCACUUUGUCAUGUUCGGUAACCAAUCACUGCCUUCAAAGUUUUUGAGAUUGAUGACUUCCAAUUUUUACUCCCAAAGCACUGCUCAGUGUGAUCGAAAGAGAUUGUAAUUCUUCUUUAAUUUAUCCUAAGCACUUGCCUAGCUCCCAGAACCUCGUUCCUCCUGCAAAAACACAUCCCUAUCGAUCAUUCUAACUGACCCCAAGGAAACUAUCAAGGAAGGAGAUGACUCCAAACUUGCGAGCUGUACUAUGUUAUGUAUUGCUGUAAAUGUGCAGGAACCGGUACAUUUUUUUUUGGUUACAACCAUUUUAAAACGUUGGCUUUGGUGUAAACUCAUCUUUACUAUGGAUAGUUAAUUGAAAUUUAUAGGGUAUUGUGUGCAGAGAAUCUUUUACAGGUGCUUUGAAUAAAGGACGUAUCUUAGCUUUCUUGGUACCAGUGUGUGAUAACCUAAUUAUCCAUGACAGUUAAGUGCAAUUAUUUGAUCAUCACUCUGAAACACAACUUUGUGUGUGUCCUUUACAGCAAAUGUUUGACACAUUUUAAUGACACAUUUUAAGGCCUUCCUAAUUAAAGUGGUAGACAUUUUGUAGCUUUCUAGAAACUUCAUAUUUGUAUUCAUACAAUAUAAAUCAACAAUAAAACUAUGA